ACACCUCCACAUUCCACUGUUGCUUUGAGCUGUAGCAUGAGCUAGAACCCAAAAACCCUACCUAUUCCUCGCAGGCGCCCCCCUCUCGUUGCUAACCCGACCCGUUAUGGACGGGUCUGCAGCUGAGGCCAGUGUUCUGGAGCAACCCUCAUUCCGGGAGAAUCCCCAAAACUCAAAACCUGAUGAUGAUGCUUCAGCUCCAGCCGCGGCUCCGGCUCCGGCUCCGCUCACCCCAGAAGAGUUAGUAGCUAAAGCCAUAGCUCCAGUUAAGAGAGAGUUCCUUCGCCCACCACCAAUCAGAACAUCCAACUCCACCACGUCCCAACAUCACGACGCCGCAACGGAGCCCAACUCCGCUCCUCUUAUCAAAGAGAAAAAGUCCAAACGCCAGCUCAAACGUGAACGCCGCCAAGAAUUAAAAUCUGCAUUGCACUUGUGUCCGGAGGUUGCCAAGAGCGGGGAUGUGGGUUCUUGUUGUUACGGUGAAAAGUGCCGGUUUAGCCAUGAUGUGGAGGCGUUCAAUGCUCAGAAGCCGGCCGAUUUGAAGGGCAGUUGCCCCUUUUUGAAGAUUGAUCAAGGACUUUGUCCUUAUGGGCUGGCUUGUAGAUUCUCCGGCACUCAUACAGCUAAUGGUGUUGUUGCUGCUGGGACUCUGAGGAAUGAAGUUAAUUCGUUGAAUAAGGAUGUCCAAAAGCUUCUCUGGAAGAAUAAGAUGAGGUUCCCCAAAGCUGACGCUACCCUCAAGCUUCUUGGCCUUUCAGGUAAAAUAAAAAAAUUGGUGGACACCGAGGACAAUCAAGUUGCUACAAAUGGCUCUGCUGAGGAAAAUGCUAAAAAAGAUUCUGCUGAAAUUGGUUCUGUUAGUGAUGUGAAUUGCUGUUCUGAAUUGCUGGAAGAGGAUAAGCCAGAGGAUGCUGAUGCAACUGAAGAUAUACGACCUGUCAAGAAGGCAAAAUCUUCAAGUGAUGAAUCUUAUGGCUCCACUGAAGUAAAUGCUGGUUUGUCUACUUUUGGUAUUGAUUUAUUUCAUUUUCACCAUAUUUCUGGGGUACUAGCAGUUGAAAAUUUUAUUGGAAUAGGUUAUGGUGUGCAUGGGAAGGAGGAUAUUAGCUCCAAACCAAAUGGAUCAAAAUCGGUUGAUAUUGCUGAUACUGUUACUGUAGAGUCUGAUAAAAUCCUAAAAUUACACCCACGCGAGAAAAAGCUCAUUGACUUCAGAGAAAAGCUUUAUCUUGCACCUCUGACUACUGUGGGGAAUCUACCUUUCCGAAGGGUUUGCAAAUUGCUUGGAGCUGAUGUGACAUGUGGCGAGAUGGCAAUGUGCACUAAUCUUUUGCAGGGGCAAGCUUCAGAAUGGGCACUACUGAGGCGUCAUUCGUCUGAGGACCUCUUUGGUGUUCAGAUUUGUGCAGCAUAUCCUGAUACAGUUUCAAGAACUGUUGAACUCAUAGAGCAGGAAUGCUCGGUGGAUUUUAUUGAUCUUAAUAUGGGAUGUCCCAUUGAUAUUGUUGUUAACAAGGGCGCUGGAUCCGCUCUUCUUACAAAACCAAUGCGAAUGAAGAGUGUCAUACAAGCAGCUUCUGGAACAGUUGAUACCCCAAUAACCAUCAAGGUGCGAACUGGCUAUUUUGAGGGCAGAAAUCGCAUUGAUUCUGUGAUUGAAGAUAUUGGAAAUUGGGGAGCAAGUGCAGUGACUAUACAUGGUCGUUCGCGUCAGCAACGUUACAGCAAGCUUGCUGAUUGGGAAUACAUAUACCAGUGUGCACAAAAGGCCCCAGAUUCAUUGCAAGUCCUUGGAAAUGGGGAUGUGUUCUCCUAUUUAGACUGGAAUAAGCACAAGUUUGAUUGUCCUCAGCUUUCUGCUUGUAUGGUUGCUCGAGGAGCCCUAAUUAAGCCCUGGAUUUUUACUGAAAUAAAGGAACAGAGACAUUGGGAUAUUAGUUCUGCUGAACGUCUUGAUAUUUUCAAGGAUUAUGUGCAUUUUGGCCUUCAACACUGGGGAUCUGAUUCCAAAGGUGUGGAAACAACUAGGCAUUUCUUGUUGGAAUGGCUAAGUUACUCUUGUAGGUAUAUACCGGUUGGUCUCUUAGAUGUGAUCCCCCAAAAAAUAAACUGGCGGCCUCCCUCGUACUAUGGUCGGGAUGACCUUGAAACACUGAUGGCUUCUGAUUCAGCUGCAGAUUGGAUUAGAAUCUCUGAGAUGUUACUUGGCAAGGUCCCAGCUGGAUUUACGUUCUCACCAAAGCACAAGUCCAAUGCCUAUGACAGCGCUGAAAAUGGCUAAUAUUAGGUUCGAUCCACACAAGACAAUAGCUAUUCCUUGUUCAAUGAGUUAGUAAUGGGAUAAUGCCAGGACAGCAAUCUGCUGCUCAAAAGCCGGAUGAAAUUUAUCCCUUGUAUUUUCUGCAAUGGACGGCUUCAUUGGGGAAAACGAGCCUUAAAUUUGUGCGAGUAACAUUUUUGUUCUGCUAUUCAUUCUAAAGAUUUCCAGCGAUUCUGAAUUUGAGAAUUUGCAAAUGAGAUUGCACCGUCCGUGUAUUAAUCUUAUUUGAAGCAUUUCGUCUAGGUUUUGUAGCUCAAAUGCUCUCGAGAUACAUACUCUGUAAGGUUUCAAGUCACGUCCAACAUUCUCUUGUAUCAGCAUAUGAGAUUUAUACAGAAAAACACAGCGUCUACUUCCUUCUCA